UUCGCAAUGUACACAAACAUACUUCAAUUAAUUUCCAAAAAAUAUAUAAAAUAAAAGCCUAAUCGACUGUUUGUAAACAAACUCAAGAAAAUAACGGCCUCAUCAUGUCGUAUAUGCUUCCACAUUUACAUAAUGGAUGGCAAGUGGAUCAAGCUAUUCUCUCUGAAGAGGAUCGUGUCGUCGUAAUACGCUUUGGUCACGAUUGGGAUCCUGCAUGUAUGAAAAUGGAUGAAGUCUUAUAUAGUAUAGCGGAAAAGGUUAAAAAUUUUGCUGUCAUUUAUUUAGUCGAUAUUACUGAAGUUCCUGAUUUUAACAAAAUGUAUGAAUUAUAUGAUCCCUGCACAGUGAUGUUUUUCUUUCGCAAUAAACAUAUUAUGAUUGACUUGGGCACUGGUAAUAAUAAUAAAAUUAAUUGGCCUUUGGAGGAUAAGCAAGAAAUGAUUGAUAUCAUUGAGACUGUAUAUCGUGGUGCUCGGAAAGGUCGCGGUUUAGUAGUUUCACCUAAGGAUUAUUCAACAAAAUACCGAUAUUAA